AUGGAUCCAGACUUUUUAAAUGUGUUUACACAGCCUGCUGCACUUAAUCAAUUCCUAGCUGAGAAUGUCAUCGCUCAAGGUGAGAAGAAGAAACUCAUAAAACCGACCUCAAACAACAAUCCCAAAUUGGAAGAAUUAAAACUGUUAUUGAUUGACUGGAUUAACACAACUCUGAAAGAGGAACACAUAGUAGUUAAAAGUCUGGAAGAAGAUCUGUAUGAUGGGCUGGUACUUCAUCAUCUUUUGGAAAACCUAGGAUCUCUCAAGCUGGAUGUUGACAAGAUUGCAUUAACAGAAAACAAACAGCGACAGAAACUCUCUGUGAUUCUGGAGGCUGUGGCUAAGUGUUUGCAACUGGAAGAAAGUCAGCUGAAAUGGAGUGUGGAAUCUAUCUUGAGAAAGGACUUACUAAGCACACUGCAUCUUCUGGUUGCAAUAGCAAAACACUUCGAACCCAACCUCUCCAUGCCUCCAAAUGUUCAAGUGGAAACAAUCACCAUUGAGAACACCUCCAGAGGAUUAAAGACAGCAAAUGAGGUGGAAUGUAUCACAGAAAACAAGGAGAAUUCAGAAGUGCAGUCAAAAGAUGAUGCCUUUGAUGAAUUAUUUACCCGUGCCCCAGAUAAACUAAAUGCUGUAAACCAGGUAUUUUUGCAAUUUGUCAACCAGCAUGUUGGAAAAUUAGGAUUAAGUGUGCAAGACAUCAAAUCUCAGUUUGCAGAUGGAGUUACCUUACUUCUGUUAAUUGGACAAUUGGAGGGUUACUUUCUGAAUUUAAGGGAUUUCUUCCUGACUCCAGCCAGCACCACAGAGAUGCUUCACAACGUUAACCUUGCAUUGGACUUGCUGGCAGAUGGAGGUCUUCUGAAUUUUUCUGUGAACUCUGAAGAUAUUGUGAACGGAGAUAUAAAGGCUACAAUGCGGAUUCUGUAUUGCUUAUAUUCCAAAUACAAGACCAAAGAAACAUGAAGAGCAAGGCCAAGAUCUUGGACUCUUUUUUUUUUUCUUUUUUUUUUUUUUUCUUCCCCCCUCUAGCAUGUCAUGGUCUGAUUUUUGGAUUCCCAGCUCUGCCACUGUUUAUGUGCGUGCACUUGUGUUUGACACUUGCAGUAUUAACAUUGUAUAUGCAAGUAUGUAUUCAUGCAAGGUUUCACGUAUACAGCCUGAGCAACUGUAAGUA